GUGUACAUAUAAAUACAGGAAGAGCGGCCGGGUCAGACUGGUACCACAUGGCUCUGUACUCUGCAGCCCUGCCUGGGAUGCUCCGAGGGGUUUCACGCCGUAUGUGGCCGCAGUUACCGGCUGGGAGGGAGUGUAUGUGCUUGCUGACCCCGGUGUGCAGUUUCCAGGAUGCUUCGUCUUGCCAUGUCCAGCCACACAGAGCCCUCCAUGUAUCCUCUGCAAUGUCUGCCAAAAACCUGCUCAAGAAGUUCGCUUCUAAAACCAAGAAAAAGUUCUGGUAUGACAGCCCAUCUCUUGGAACUCAUUUUGUGAAAAAACCUGACAGUUUGCUUAAUCUAAUGAAAGUACAAAAAAAGGAACAUCGAGAAGACAGUAUACGUAUGAGGACCUUAAAUUCAAUCCUGCACAAAGCACUAACAGACUUGCUCAGAACGCCAGAAAUUAGUAAUGAAAUUUAUAACCUUAAUCUGGAACUGUCUAAGGUUAGUAUAACAGCGGACUUUUCAGCCUGCCGUGCCUAUUGGAUCACAUGUGGCAACGUAGAAACUGAUGACCAAGCUGAAAAAGUGCUCACAAAAUCUGCCCCUCAGUUUAGACACCACCUCCUUACACAUCAAGUACUUGGAAGUGUCCCACCAAUCGUGUUUGUCAGAGACAAAGAAAAUGCAAUGAUACAAGAGGUUGAAAGAUUGUUGGCAAUGGCAGAUUUUGGAGAGGAUUAUAAGACCCCAGUUACUCAGGGUCAUGAUGAAAUCAGGGAGCGGGGAAAUGUAUCGAUGGAGGCAUUUGAUGCAUCAACUGAAGUUCCUCCUUCACCAACUAGCAGUUUAUUUGGUAUUGACCAUGCCAACCUUAAUAGACAAAUUCUGGACUAUAAGCAUAAAAUGAAAGCCCAUGAAACAGAAUCUGACUUCACUGUGCUGUCUCAGCACCAGCAAGAGCAGCUGGCCGAGAUCAGAAAGCAAAAGAUUCUCAAGAAAAAAAUGAAAAAACUUAAGGCGAAGCUGCUUGAUGAUGACAUCACACCACAGAGGUAUCUUAUGGAGAAAUACAAUGCUUUGAACAGAGACGUUGAAGCAUCUAGUGAACACAUUGAGCUGGAAAGUGAAGAGCUAACAAUUGAUCAACAGGAGGAGGUGGAUGAGGAGAGGACACAUCCCCAGGGAGAUCGCUGACAUGUCAUACUGCCCAUUUGCACCUAGCAAAGGAAAUAUUAAAGGCUGUGUUUACGAAGAGAUCUAGUCUCUGUACCAUACUUAAAUUCAAAGUGCAAGUAGGGUGCUUAAAAUAUACAUAAGGGGAGAUUAGUUUAUCUAUCUAAGAACCUUUAUGUAGUUUGCACAUCUAAAAAUAUUUUGUUUUUAUUGUAUCUCCCAUUUUCCUUUGUUUUUGUAUUCUUUUCAAGGAAAUAUUUAUGUACCUAAUAUGGACUAUAU